AUGUCUUCCUACCUCUCUGUUACUAGUGUCAUGAAGGAGAAAGUAGCUCGUCUCCUUCAUGGUAAGACUCAUGCUACUCCAGGCGCCCACUGCUCCAGCCGGACUAGCAGCAUCGAUGGGCAGCUGGACCAGUCAGCAGGGCUAGAUCAACGAGCAUUUGGUGUCGCUACAGUAACUCUGACUUUUGGAGUCCAGCUUGUACACAACUCCAACAACCAAACACCUACGUACCAGCAUUGUACUUCCUCUCAAACAAACAUGGUGCUUGUCCUACGCUACCCGAAGAAGCGCCCCUGCGAUGAGGACAGCGACCUUGAGGCGCGUAAAAAGUUGCGUCUUCCCAUCAACGAGGGACCAAUGUCAGAAAACUUCCUUCCAAAGCCUCUGAUGGGGACUGGAAAGAGAGCGCAGCGAGAACCGUCACACUAUGCGGGGCUUUGCCACGGGCUUUCUAUGUCUACUCCAAAUGGCUUUACUGGCUACUUCUAUACGGUGUAUCCAGAAGGCAGAAUUUACAACGAGAAGCUGGCUACGUAUGUGAACCGAGAGCACGGUAUGUUCACUAAAUGCUACCAGCUAGCCGACUUUCUCCAAGCCACUGAUUUCAAAGACGCGUGUAUCGAUUUUUUGAUCAACAAGAUGAUAGUUGGAGACGAGCAUUAUCAUGGUAUUGCAAAGCAUAUCUAUGCGUACUCCCUUGAAUCGUCGCCCCAUCGUCAAUUCGGCAUUGACUGCGCCCUCAAUUUUUGGGGAAAGACAGCCUUUGAGCGCUUUGGUGAACAAGAGUUUCCGCAAGAAUUCCAAAACGACUUGAUACUUGCAUUAGGUUUGCAUUUACGGAAUGGUCUUGAACACGCUUCUGCCAAGGAAUACUUCAAAAACAUUAACCACUGCAAAUAUCACGAACACGUCAAGAGCGGCAAGCCCUGCUACAAGACAAGGUUCAAACAUCUUCCUUGA